AGUUGCUGCCAAAGAGUGGUGGGUGGACAGACAGCAGGGCUUGGGCAGAUUAGUGGCCACUUAUUUCUUCAUUACCGGCUGAGACAGUGCCAGGCAGCUGCCAGUGACACGGAUCCGACUUCUAAUCCGGGCAUGGAGCUGUCCCUCCUGCCCCUCGCUAUACGGGAACGUCUAAGGAACCAGCAGCCUGUGGGGAGGCAGUGAGAGUCCAAGGCAGGUCACGCGCAGCGACAGAAGCAGCACGACAGAAGCAAAAGAGAAGCACAACAGAAGCACAACAGAAGCAGAAGAGAAGCAGAAGAGAAGCCGAGGGGGCUGGCAGAGGAGACAGUGGGGGAAAUAGUAGCUGACAGAGUAAUAAGCCUGGAGAUUUGCAACGAUCUGAGCUGCUGCUUCUCUGCCUAUUGAUUCUCUGCCUUCUUCUGAAUGCCAUGGGGAACAGCCUGUCCAGCAGCAUCCCUUCCUUUCCCAGGGGAAGACACACCAGGAUGCACAGGGGACACCACCAGCAGCACCACCAUCACCACCACCACCCCAAAGAUUCUAUAGGUGGGACAUUUCCAUCCUCCUCCCAUCGAUGUCAUCACAAGCAGAAACAUUGCAUGCCAAUGGCACAAUGUGGGGGCCUAGUCAUCACUCCUCUCCUUUUCCACCCGCAUGCCAAGGGAUCGCAGAUCAUCAUGGACACUUCUCAAAAGACAGUGAAGAGGCAGGCCAGUUUUUGUAAUGCCAUCACCUUCAGUAACAGGCCUGUCGUCAUCCAUGAGCAAGUCAGGCUUAAGAUCACUAAGAAGCAAUGUUGCUGGAGUGGAGCACUGAGACUUGGUUUCACCUCCAAGGAUCCAUCAAGGAUCAACCCGGAUACCUUACCAAAGUACGCUUGUCCUGACCUGGUUUCCCAGAGUGGAUUCUGGGCUAAGGCAUUGCCAGAAGAGUUUGCAAAUGAAGGGAACAUCAUAGCCUUCUGGGUAGAUAAAAAGGGCAGAGUAUUUUACCGAGUUAAUGACUCUGGAUCAAUGUUGUUCUUCAGUGGUGUACGGAUCACGGAACCUCUCUGGGCACUGAUUGAUGUUUAUGGGCUGACUCGUGGAGUGGAAUUGUUAGAUAGUGAAAUCAUCCCUCCAGACUGCUCACGGCCCCGAUCAUUCACUUCUAUCCCAAGGCCAUCCCUACGGAGAGAGACUGAAGGCACCCGCUUGUCUGUCAGUUUGUGUGACUUGAAUUUGCAGGAAGAAAACUAUCAAACCAUUUCAACGAUGUGUCCUAUUCCUCAAAACUCUCUGAACUCUCAGCAUUCCAACUUGCUCCCAUCACAGUUGGAAAGUGAUCUCCGGUUCCAUCAGCUCCGAGGAGCCCAUAUCAAGACUUUAGAUGAUCAAACAGUCGCAAGGCUGGAACAUGCUCGGGAAGAGAGAACUUUGGUAUUCACCAACAGACCCCUUAGAAUCAAUGAAACAAUCUUUGUCAAAAUCAACAAAUCCAAUUCUUCAAGGUCAGGAACAUUAUCCUAUGGAGUGACGUCUUGUGACCCCAGCACACUGAGACCUAGUGACCUUCCAUAUAAUCCAGAGUCACUGGUUGAUCGGAAAGAGUUCUGGGCUGUGUGUAGAGUACUGGUACCCCUCCACAGUGGAGAUAUUUUAGGGUUUGUAAUCAAUGCAGAAGGUGAACUACAUCUGAGCCACAAUGGUACUAGCACUGGCAUGCAAGUGUGUGUGGACUGCUCUCAGCCCCUUUGGAUGUUCUUUGGUCUACAUGGAGCCAUCAUGCAAAUCCGCAUUUUGGGUUCCACUGUCUCAAUUGAUCAUCAAGAACCAUCGGCUCCAAGCUCUCCCACUUCAGCUCCGAACAGCCCCAGUGCUCCAUGCAGCUCCAUUUCUGAUCCCAUCCUGAACUCAUUUGUAUCUGCACCUCUGGGCAGCUUCAUAAACAUUACAGCACCAAACUCUCCGGUGAGCAUGCCCGAGUCCCCCGUUUCCCCAUCGCUCUCAGGGUCCUGGAGUGACGAGUGUACUAUUUGCUAUGAGAACUUGGUGGACACUGUUAUCUACUCCUGUGGGCACAUGUGCUUGUGUUACACCUGCGGCCUGAAGCUCAAGAAGAUGAACAAUGCAUGCUGCCCUAUCUGUAGGCGUCUCAUCAAAGACAUUAUUAAAACAUAUCGGAGCAGUUAAAGCUGAGCUCUCAGAAUGGGAAAAGGAACCCUCUUUUUCUGCUGAAAAUAUUUUUCUGUCCAGUGGUACUCAACAAUCUUCUUAGGAUCCUUCGAGGAAGUUAGAGGUGCUUAGAUUUAGAGUCCGUGUGUUUCAGCUCUAAAGUCAGUGAUUCUGGAUAACAAGAUAUCAGGGAAGCAUAUUCUUGUGGUCAUUUAAUAUUCUUUUAAAUGUAAAGGAAAUUCCAUAAACAUCUCCUUGAGAAACUUCUUCUGUGGCUGUCCCCAUUCAGUUCCGACAUGAAGAAGAACGUUGGGUUGACCUUGGUGUUCAGGUCCACCCACAAGCUUGACUGUAGCAAUUAAAGCAAUAUUACCACUGCUAAUACCUGUACAAAAAGCUUUAUUGAGAGGUGAAAAAGAAGGUGGAAAUAGUUUGUGCACAUUUCUAAUCCAGCCAAUUUUGUUGUGGUAGAAAUUGACACAUGUCAAUGUGGAUUUGGUGUUGUCUUUAAAGUUGAGAUAAGAUGCAAGGGGCAGCACGGCUGUCAUAUUAUUCAUGCUGAAUGGUUUUUACUUCCUAAAUGGCCCCCACAAGCUAAUGAUACUCUUUGGGGUUGGGUGAGAUUUUACUGCCACUUAUUUUCACAAUGUGCCGGAGGCCUCCAACAUUAUCCCUUGACUAAAGAAGAGCUACUCUUGUAAUGCAUUAUAUAACUCUUUUUGGACACACUGUAUAAUCUCUAUCAUGGGAUAGUCUGGUUUAAGAAUGCACAGUGGGAGCAUGGACAUUGUGAUAUCAUUAAGGCCGGUAAUGGCUCUUUCAUGUAAAGGAGAGAUAAGUGGUUCUGAUGUUCUCUUAAGAAGCUGAAUAUCAGGCAUUUGGCUUUAAAAUACACUCAUAAUUCAAACUUUUCUACAAAUGAUUUUAUUUCAGUUCAGAAUGAGGUGUAAUAUGUCAUUAUUUUCUUUGUAAAAUGAGCACAUCAUGCUCUGUGCUAUUUGUAAAAAGCACGGAGUCAAUAGAGGCCAGGUCUCCAGAAUAGCCAUGUCACAAAAAGAAACAAUGCACCUCCCUCCUUGACCAAUCGCAGUGGCAUAACUGGACCCACCAGCAAAAAAAUAUUUGGGGCCCCCAAUGGAGGUGACCCUUCCCCCCCCUGCACAUUACUUGCAGUGCAGACUACAUUGUGAUAAGUCACAGCACAGGCACUGCAGGAUUAAGGGUAGAAGUCAAAAUUGGAGAGGCACAGGCCCUUCUUUCUUGGUAGGAAGAGUCCCAAAAGAAAAGAGAGUAAAAUAGCACUGUCUAGUGGUCCUUUUCUGAUCUUGUAAACCUUGAAUAUCCAACAUGACAGCCAGCACUAGGCUCCGUGCUCAAUGCCAGCAGAAUAAAACUUGGCCAUGCCUCCUAUCACUGACUAUAAUGGAAACCCAUCAGACACUGCUGCUACAGGCAGAUAUUUAGAUUUAGGAAGACAAGCAGCACGGCUGGGUUCAUUUGUUUUUACCAAAAAUGGAAAAACACAGAUGGAGGAAUGAUGUAAAAACCUCUGGGUCUUUGCUGAUAUUGAGAAGGCCAAAGAGAACCAGGAGGAUGCGGGAAGCUGUAGUCCAACAACUUUCAGGGUAUACAGAACAUCCAUGUUCUUCAAAACUCUUUCCAUAUUCAGAUAAGUGCUCCAACCACCCAGUGCCCCUUUCAUCCUAACCACUUUUUUUUCCUGUGGGACGUACAACUCAAAUCAAUAAGUCAUGAUUCCUGGAAAGGCCAGUUAUUGCUCUGAGAUAGCUUCAGUGUACGUGUGUGGACAUGAAUGCUGCAUUACUGUGUGUGUGUGUGCGAGUGUAUAACAGAAAUGUGUUGUUUAUACUGAGCCAAUCUUAUUUCAUCCGGUAGAUUGUGAUGUAUUUGUAUAUUAUCUGUAUGUCAGGACCCCAAUCUCCUUGUGACCCUCCCCAUUUUCCUCGUGCAGAUCUACCAUGUUUUUUAGCAGAUGGACCAUGUGGGUAACUGUACCACUAGAGUGUGCAAUUAUUAUGUCAGUGAACCAUAAAUCUAUAAAUGUAAUUUAUAUCUGUCCUGCUGGUUAAUUUUAAUUUUAUUUGCUAUCUGCCCUAUUUAUGGGGGAAAAGCAGGUAGCACUUAUGCAGCACUGGGGUCCCAGGUUUGGUACCAACUUGAUCACAUUCUGUAAUGAGGGUAUCCAUGUGGGUUUUUUCUCUGGAUAACAGGGGCUUCAUUUCCAAAACCAUACAGGCAGGUUUAUUGGCUCCUGAGAAAACUCACCAUAGUGUGAUAGGGAAUUUAGCGACACUCAGGGCAGGAAAUGUGUUGGCACCUCAAAAUAGUUGCUGGAAAAUGCCAUUCUGUUUCAUUGGCCCAAGCCACAAUCAGAAAAUAAAAAACAGAAAAACUCCCCUUUCUGCCUGUCAACGCUCACAAUGAUAAGGGCUAUAACAGCCGUCUCCUCAUGCCAAAAAGUGCGCAGCUCCACCUGUCACCACUCCGUGUGCAUCAGCAGUAUGUUUGUCAAAGAAAGGCAAUGUGUUGUAUGGAGAGCUGCUCUUUGUUGAUGUCCUGACCUGACCCAGCAUGAAACUUGUUUUCAAUUAACUGUACCCCGGGGGAACCUCCCUGCUGGUACUCUAAUGACCUGACCAGUAACGUUUGAUGCCACUGCUAUUAAAGGACUAGUUUAGCUUCCAAAAACUUUUUUUCAGUUUAAUUCUUUUCAGAUAAUAGACCAGAAAUAGUGUUUUUUUUUUUUUUACCAAUCCUCUGUUUUGAAAUGAAUUUGCUUAAUUUUCCACUAUCUGGCUUUUCCUAGCACAGCUCCAUAACCCAGGCUCCCCACCCUCUAAACGGCUACAAUAGGCUGAUACAUUUCUCUGGAGGAAGGUCAGCAACUAAUGUAUCAGUUGUAGCACCAGACGCUAGUGGAGCACGUGGAGCACAUGGAGCAUGCUCAGAAGCUGCUGCUGUUAAAUGUUACAAGAGUUGCUCCUGGGAAACACAAGAGAGUCGGAAAUGAAACUUCAUCCAAAACACAAUAACCCCUAACAACCAACAGCAGCUGAUUUUAUAUAAUGAAAGUGCCCAGACUGACUGUCUGCCAUGACAACUCCCCCUUAUUCUAUUUAGGCCAGAAUUCCAGCACUGCAAGAUAUCGAUCAGGUUUUUAUAAGCAUUUAUGAAACUCCUGCCGCCGGGAGGAAAAUCAUUCCAUUUCUGACCAUUUUUUCACCCAGUGUUUGGCAAAUAUAAUUGAAGAGCUUUUCUGACCUUUUACACAUUUCUUGUUGUUUGUUUUGAAUAUUGAGGCCUAAAAGUCCUUGGAAAAGACUCUGUUUAUGAGAGUUGUGUUAAACAGCACCAUCAGUUACAAUGCGGCUCCUUGGCAUAUGUGACAAAGUACAAAAAGGAAAAAAAUAGAUUUUUGGCUGUGAUUAGUGUGAGAGGCUUAGGAAAUUGACUUCAGAUGGUAACAGGAAUGGAACUAGAAGCUAAAGGUGCUGGUGCAGUUUUCUCUAGGGCCCCCAAAUAACCUUGUCCUUUAGCAACCUAUCUUUUUUUUAUCAGAACCCGUAUAUCCCCCCACUAUUCCUCAAUAACAGUUUGUGGGUGGUCAUUCUUGGAACUUUGACUGAAUGGUUGAUGCACCAAUAUUUUACUCUAUACCUGUAUAUUCCCAUUUCAUGAGCUAAUGGCAAAAGUUUGGACCUUCCAGGAAGACCAUGGCUAUAGGGUUGGACCUGCAAGAAGGGCCCUGGUCAAAGGCUGGACCUUCAAUUGGGGCUUGAACUGUAAAAAAUGACAAUCACUGCCCUAGUUUAUGGGAAAAAGCCUUCGGUGAGAUGAGUGAUGUUGGAAUGCCCCACCAAUAUAUGUAAAUGUAAAAGAUGGAAGAUCCUGUGCACACAAUGCACAAUGAAAUAUUUACCCUUUAAUAAUCAUUGUGAGUUUGCUAGGAGUUGUUGCCUGCAAAUCACAGUGAAAAAAGAAAGAAAUGAAUUCAAGUCUUUGGGCACAAGUCUCACAGUGAAAAAAAGAAAGAAAUGAAUUCAAGUCUUGGGGCCGUCCAAUGAGAAUUACCAUUAUAAACAUGGUUUGUGUCUCCUACCACAUCUGAUAUCCGGUGUUUGUUGCUUGGAUGGGUAACGAGCCAUUUGUAACUGCAUCAUUAUUAGCAUUGUUGCUUUCUCACAUCUGGUUUUACUUGAACAUGGCGAUUCCAAUUAUCCAGUUUAGGGAAAUGCUCGGGAAACAAACAAAUGGCUCCGUUAAAAUGGUAUCGCACUGCCCAACACAAAUACAGCUUGUGCCUCUCUUGCCAAGCCCAUGUUUAUUUUCAUAGGGUGAUGCAUAGAAGAUUUUAGUUCAAUGAACGUGCCACAUGGUAAUGGUAAUCUGUAGAACCCAACGGCACAAAUUGUUCUCAUGUUCUCAUGAGCUGCUGAUGAGAAACAUGAGGCCAAUGAUUAGACCCAGGCCAGGACCCUCAGUGCUCCUGGUUAUGUCAGGAUUUUGAUUGGUCGUUUCAAUUCCAUAUCAAUGCAAUGGUCAUUUUCUGUAAAUACAGUCCUAUCUUGUUUCUAGCCGUGGACCAAUCUUUAGGCGUUAUCCAGUGGUGCGGUCUCUUUUUAGCGUGUGGACUGGAGACCCUUUUUCGUGGUGUAUCCUUUCUAGUGCAGAUUAUAGCCAUAAACAAGGAUUCUUGUUCCUCAUUCUAUUUCCUUUGAAUGCGUGUCCAUUAAUGUUUUGUUUUUUUUCUUCUUUUGGUUCUGCCUAUUUAUUACUAUGAUGUGGUUUUAUUUGGAAGUUCUAUGACAUUGUAAGGAUCUAGAUGAAAAAAUGUGAAUGUGAAUAAAAAGCCUUUCAACAAUC